AUGGGAUGGCUUAACAUAUUGUUGGGAAUUCUUGGUUUUGCAUUUGGAUUUCCCCUUGGUAUUGUGAUCGGUUUGGCUGUGUUGUCUUACUUUCAACAGACCUAUCUUGAGGAACUAGUUAUCGAGCCACUUCAUGAGCUGGACAAAGCUUCUUUGCUUGCAGUUUUGCCCGAGAUUCCCAUGUGGGUGAAACAUCCUGAUUAUGAACGAGUAGAUUGGAUAAACAAAUUUGUGUUGGAAUUGUGGCCUUCCCUUGACAAGGCAAUAUGUGACAUGAUAAGAGAGACACUAAAUCCCAUUUUUGAUGAGUGUAUACGACAGUACUAUAUAACCUCGAUUGAGUUUCGAAGUUUGACUCUUGGGAGUUUGCCUCCUAAUAUUCAAGGUGUGAAGGUGCAUGAAACGAAUGAAAAAGAGUUGAUAAUUGAUCCCAUAGUUAGGUGGGCUGGAAAUCCUAACAUAAAUUUGGUGGUGAAAUUCCUCUUCUUGCCAAUCACACUCCAGCUAUUGGAUCUCCAAAUAUUUGCAGCGCCGAGGAUCACUUUGAAGCCUUUGGUCCCAACUUUCCCAUGUUUUGCUUCCAUUGCAGUUUCUCUACUUGACAAGCCGAGUGUGGAUUUUGGGCUCAAGUUGCUUGGAGGUGAUGUCAUGGCCAUCCCAGGUCUUUACCAAUUCAUCCAGGAGCAAAUACGCACACAAAUAGCGAAUAUGUAUCUAUGGCCUCAAAAUCUCGUUAUUCCAAUCUUAGACGAGUCACUAGGGGCUAUCAAGAAGCCUGUUGGCAUUUUAUAUGUGAAGGUGGUUAAAGCAGUGCAACUCCUAAAGAAGGACUUGCUGGGAGCUUCUGACCCUUAUGUUAAGCUCAGCCUAAGCGGGGAGAGACUUACAGCCAAGAAAACUAGUGUAAAAAUGAAGAAUUUAAACCCUGAGUGGAAUGAAGAGUUCAGGAUGACUGUAAAGGACCCCAAAUCCCAAUUCCUUGAAGUCCAUGUUUAUGAUUGGGAAAAGAUUGGGAAGCAUAACAACUUGGGAAUGCAAGUCGUUCCUCUCAGUUUAUUGGUUCCACAUCAGAAGAAGGAACUUACCCUGGACCUUAUGAAGAACAUCAGCCUCAACAAUAACAAGAACAAGUAUAGAGGAAAGUUGGUUUUGGAGUUGACAUUCAACCCAUUCAAGGAAGACAACUUAAAUUACAGUGGACGUCAUUUGGAUAAUUAUUCUACAACCACUAAUAAUAAGGAAUUGGGUGAGGGUCAUAUGAGUCGUCAUUCCAUAGGCGGAUUGCUGAUAGUCACAAUUCCAGGAGCUGAAAAUGUGGAAGGAAACCACCACAAUAACCCUUAUGCUCUUGUCACAUUUAGAGGAGAAGAGAAGAGGACCAAAUUGAUGAAGAAGACUCGGAACCCAAAAUGGAACGAGGAGUUCCAAUUCGUGUUGGACGAGCCACCGUUGAAGGAAAAGAUACAUAUACAAGUGAUGAGUAGGAGGACAGGGUUCGGAUUUCGACCUAAGGAAACUUUGGGUCAUGUUGAGAUAAGUUUAGUAGAUGUGAUUCACAAUGGGAGGAUAAACCAGAAGUACCACUUAAUCAACUCCAAGAGUGGAUUCGUAAGUGUUGACAUAAGAUGGAAGGUGAUUUGA